CAACCUCCAAAACACAACACAGAUACACAGACACACACACACCAGUCGGCUACAUGACUCUCGACUCCAUCAUGGCGUGCUGCCUGAGCGAAGAGGCGAAAGAAGCCAAAAGGAUCAACGCGGAGAUCGAGAGGCAGCUCCGGAGAGACAAGCGAGAUGCGCGACGAGAGCUCAAACUACUGCUGCUCGGCACAGGAGAAAGUGGCAAGAGCACAUUCAUCAAACAAAUGCGAAUUAUCCAUGGUACAGGAUACUCUGAUGAGGACAAACGAGGCUUCACAAAGCUGGUUUAUCAGAAUAUCUUCACUGCCAUGCAGGCUAUGAUCAGAGCAAUGGAUACACUCAAAAUACAGUACAAAUAUGAGUACAAUAAGGCACAUGCACAGUUAAUUCGUGAUAUUGAUGUAGAAAAGGUAACAACAUUUGAUAACCCUUAUGUGGAAGCAAUAAAAUGUUUAUGGAUUGAUCCAGGCAUCCAGGAGUCCUAUGACAGACGGAGAGAGUACCAACUAUCUGAUUCCACUAAAUACUACCUUAGUGAUACUGAUCGUAUCUCAGCACCAGAUUAUCUGCCAACUCAACAGGAUGUGCUGCGGGUUCGAGUGCCCACAACUGGCAUCAUUGAGUAUCCAUUUGAUCUGGAGAAUAUAAUCUUCAGCUAUCUUAAAGACUUGGACCGUAUAGCAGAACCUACCUAUCUACCCACUCAACAGGAUGUGCUUAGAGUGCGAGUCCCAACAACAGGGAUCAUUGAAUACCCCUUCGACUUACAAACCGUCAUUUUCAGAAUGGUCGAUGUUGGGGGUCAGCGGUCAGAACGAAGGAAAUGGAUUCACUGCUUUGAAAAUGUGACGUCUAUUAUGUUUUUAGUUGCCCUUAGUGAAUAUGAUCAAGUACUUGUGGAAUCGGACAAUGAGAAUCGAAUGGAAGAAAGCAAAGCACUAUUUAGAACAAUUAUCACAUAUCCCUGGUUUCAGAACUCCUCAGUCAUCCUCUUCUUAAACAAGAAAGAUCUCUUGGAGGAGAAGAUCAUGUAUUCUCACUUAGUUGAUUAUUUCCCAGAAUAUGAUGGACCACAGCGAGAUGCACAAGCAGCAAGAGAGUUUAUUUUGAAGAUGUUUGUGGACCUGAAUCCUGAUAGUGACAAAAUUAUCUACUCUCAUUUCACAUGUGCCACAGAUACAGAGAAUAUACGGUUUGUCUUUGCUGCUGUCAAGGACACUAUCCUACAAUUAAACCUGAAGGAAUAUAACCUGGUCUAGUUUAUUAACUGACUUGGUGGAAAAAAAUAACAGCAACUGUAUUAUCUGUGAAAAUAAUUUGCAUAUUGCUAAUUUAUUGCCAUUCUGGACUCUGUGCGCUUCCACGGAGUUUUAGUAAAUAUUAUGAUUUUAUUUAACAAAAAUGGGGCAAAAGAUGCUGACACACCUUUGCAGCACUAGUCCACUUUUUAGGCAAAACUUUGUGACUUCAUGUAAAAUUCUCAAUUUUCACUGUAAAUUCCGAUUUCAGCACUUGGAGGGUCGGGUUUUUUUGCUUCUCUAAGCACACCCCUUCCUUUUCUUCUCCCCAAAGGAAUAUUUGAGGUACAAAGUCCCUUUUUGUGAUCUGCUCCUCUUGAUGCUCUAUGGUACACAGUAAAAACGGUGAUGUUUUUGGCAGAAACCAAGCUGCCACUGGUAUAAUUAUUGUACUUUUUUUCUGAUAGAUGAAAAGUAUUGGUACUGUGAUUUUUAAAUUAUUGAUAUGUAUAAUUUAAACAUCAAGUUUCAUACUAAACAAUCUGUCUUCAUCUUAAGCUAUAAAGAUGGGAGCUCAUAAAGCAAUAGCUGAUUGCUCAUCUGUAAAUCUUGCCACACUUGGAUUCCCAAAAACAUGGAUAGAUGUAGGUAAGAGUACAAUAUUGAGAAUGUUGUGUACUUGUAAAACAGUAUAUGGGGUUCAAUUUCUAUUUAUUAUGUGCCACUCUAUUGCUAUUACUAGACUUGUUUUACUGAAAUAUGCCAAACAAAAUGUUAUGUACACUACAUUUGCUGAUUUUUGAAAUCUCUGCUUGGGUCUUUUUUCUUAGAACUGUAGCUGGAGACAUCAUUGACAUACUUACUUUGCACCAGUGUAAUUUUUAAAUGUUACUUUUUGGGCUUUUAGUGAGGAAAGUUUUAAUAUUGCCGUUCAUGGCAUUUGUUUCACUAUUUUUGAAUUUUUAAGAUAUAAAAAUUGCUUUACUCAAUAUGCCUGAAAUCAUGUGGCUCAUAUCACAGUAACUGCACUUGAGCAGAAGAUGAAUGGUAAGCAAAUAACAUUGCAGUAUUGGCUCCUAGGUUCUUCUAAAAGCAGUUUUGUUGGACACAUGCCAAAAUAAGUGAGGGGGGAAAAAAACUGGUGCUCUUCCACAUUGUGUAAUAUUUGCCAUUAGCUAUGUAUUAUUCUUUAACAUAGGCUGAUCAGUGUCCAUGACCAAUUUUGUAUCUUAACUUUUUUACACAUAUGUUAAAAGGUACUGUAAUCAUGUUUUGAUAAAAUCUUGCCGGAUCCUUAAUUUUAAACCAGAAUGGUUUUCUUUGCCAUUACAUCCUGGAAAAUGAACCUGUAUCAUUACCUUCAUUCUAAUGAGACAUGCUUUUCAAAAUCUGAGUCAUGGGCUUUGGUGACUGUUUAAAGAGCAAAAAUUUGAAUGGAUGCCACCGUGUUCCUUUUGAGCUAGUUUUCAGGGGUUUUUUUUGCUCUUUGAGCUGGUAACACAGAUUAUAGAUAGGUCAGUUAGCUAAUUUAAAAUUAUCUGUACUGUCCAUUGUCAAAGGUGGCAUGUCUUUGUGCAUGGUUUUCUGCGUCAAAAGAGUAGCUUUUGUUUCUAUGGAGUACCAAAGUUAAUGGUCAGUGAUUGUCUCCCUUAAUUCCUGCACCUCCACCAAACAUGCAUUUGUGCUGUCAUAAACAAAACUCCUAUAAUUUGUAAAACCUGGCUGUAGGCAUAGUGUAAUUAUUAAUGCUGUAAUGAUUGUGUGUGAAUACGUGUAUAUAUAUUAUAUAUAUAUGUGCACACACAAGCGCACACAUCCAUACUGGCUUUGUGAUAAUUUUGGCAGAUUGAAUGUGCUGUAUUGAUAAUAUGUAUCUAUGUAAUUGUAUUGUAAGUCUUAUAGCUAAUUCGCAUUUUGAAUAAUGUUAUUUACUUUUUUUACGAGAAGCGAAUGUAAAUUUUUGGCAGUUUAUUUCGCAGCUAGGGAUCUUUAAAAAAAAAAAAAUUGUCAUUUUGAAAGUCAAGAUAAUUAUCACAGUGUGGUACUUUGAUUAAAAUAUGUCACCACAUAGGUUUCUGAUCAAAGAAUUCUUUUUGAUAAAACCUAAGUCCCUCCUUUUUCUCCCAGAACCUACUUAUACAAAGUUUAGUCAAAUGACUCAGCCCAUGAAGCAGACAAGAAAUUGGCUUCAGUACUUUUUCACACCAUCAUGUGUGAAAGAAAGCAACUUGCCAUGGAGCAAUCCUUCUGAAAUUAGAAUGAGUUUUAAAAACAAGGAUUGUAUUCUAGGGAAUGCCAUAUGCCAAAUUUUUGUAACUGUAGUGUUUUUGAUGGGAUUGGUCACAGUUUGUAUUAUUCAGGAUGUAUGUAUUACCAAUAAAUACAUCUGAAAUUUGUGUUUUUUUUUGCCUUAUGGAGGUGGAGUCAAGAACUUUGUGCCUCAAGAUUAAAGCCUGAGACAAAAGAUGGUCUCUUGACUUUGCUGAAACAUCUAUGUUGUGUUGGGUGUCAGAUUUGAAAGUUAGAUGUCAGCUUUUAGGGUAUUGGUAUGCACUGGAGGGACCAAUGCAGUGUCAUUAAUUCCUAUGAAAGAAUAAAGACAUUAUUUAUACUGUUGAUAUGAAUUAAAGCCAGAUCAAGCAGCUGUUACCAUUCACGAGUUCAUGUCACCAACUGUAAGCACAUAAAUGAAGUUAGGCAUGCUAUAUGUAAAGGUAUAAGAAUGAUCAGCAGCUAGGUCUACUGUUGCAACAUCUACAUUUUUCUAAUUGACCAGAGUGUACAUACACAGUAUGUUAAUUUGGCCUACCAAAGAUCUGCCUUCGUUUAUUUUUUAAACUGCUCUGUCAAUUGGUCUUUCUAGAAUUUCAGCAUGUUGGCACUUCCAGAAGAGAUAAUGAAAGCUCUUAAGAAUUUAAAUAUUUUAAUUGAAAAUUGUGAAUGGUAUUAUGGCUGUCAGAUCAGUCCUGCUCAUAAUGCAGAAUUGAAGAGAUCUAAAUCACAGUAUAGUGAACACAUUGUGCGCCAUGGGCAAUUUCUUGUAGUGCCAGAUUCUUUUAAAUGCUCUGGUAGGACUUGUAUAUUUAAUUCCUGUUAGAUAAAUUUUAACAUGCAAUAUUUAAAAAUCAUAUUUGCUGUUUUUAAAUUGUUACUUAAAUGCAUGUAUUGUCAUUGUUUGGGGAAGGGAAAUAGUUUUUGGAAAAAACUAAUGUUGUAUAUUAAUGCCCCAAAUGAUCUUGCUGGUUACAAAUAUAGUAUUUUUUGGCCAUAAUUUUGUACUGGUUUCAUUUGAUGUCUCCUGGUUGUAUUUUUCUUCUAAACUGCUUUUCAUGAUACUGUACCUGGAAUAAGAUUUUAUUCCACUGAUUUUUGUCUUCACUUAAAAAAAAAUCAUGUUAUUAUCCAGUAUUUUUUCAGCACGUGAAAUUAAUAAUUGUCCAUUAGACUCUCAUGGGAGAAAGUUGAACAGUAUCAAUGUAGUAGCACAAAACAGACUUGUCCCUUGUCAUGGAUUGUAUGUUCAAUAAAAUGGAUACUUUGAA